AUGUUACGGGGUCUGGGAAGCUGGUUUGGCUUGGAGCAGGCGUCGUCAGGGGGUGACCCUCCAGCUGAGGGGAGCCCCGAAGAGGCGGCGGAGGCGGCUGCGGGGUGCGAGCCCGAGCAGCGGCCCGGGAAACUACAGGAAGGGGACGAAGAACCUCUUCUCCACCAAGCCAAAGGCUUCGGCAAUUACCUUUUUAACUUCGCCACUGCUGCUACAAAAAAGAUAACUGAAUCAGUUGCUGAAACAGCACAAACAAUAAAGAAGUCAGUAGAAGAAGGGAAAAUAGAUGAUAUCAUUGAUAAGACAAUUAUAGGAGAUUUUCAGAAGGAACAAAAAAAAUUUGUGCAGGAACAACAUACCAAAAAAUCAGAAGCAGCAGUGCCUCCAUGGGUUGACAGUAAUGAAGAAGAAACAAUUCAACAACAAAUAUUGGCCUUAUCUGCAGACAAGAGAAACUUCCUGCGUGACCCUCCAGUGGGUGUUCAGUUUAAUUUCGACUUUGAUCAAAUGUAUCCUGUUGCUAUGAUAAUGCUUCAAGAAGAUGAACUGCUGAACAGAAUGAGAUUUGACCUUGUUCCUAAACAUGUAAAAGAAGAAGUGUUUUGGAGAAAUUAUUUUUAUCGUGUCUCCCUGAUUAAACAGUCUGCACAGCUGACUGCACUAGCAGCCCAGCAGCAAGCUGUGGGAAAGGAGGAGAAGAACAGCAGCAGAGAAGGGGACUCACAGCUAACAGAGGCAGUACGACCUAAAACACCACCUGUUGCAAUUAAAUCUCAACUUAAACCUCAAGAGGAUGAGGAAGAGAUAUCAACUAGCCCUGGUGUGUCUGAAUUUGUUAGUGAUGCCUUUGAUGCUUGUAACUUUAAUCAGGAAGAUCUAAGAAAAGAAAUGGAACAGUUGGUACUUGAUAAAAAGGAAGAGGAAAUAACUAUAUUGGAAGAAGAAUCUGCAGAUUGGGAAAAAGAACUACAGCAGGAACUUCAGGAAUAUGAAGUGGUGACAGAAUCAGAGAAACGGGAUGAAAACUGGGACAAGGAAAUUGAAGAAAUGCUUCAGGAAGGAAAUUAACUUUCUUGGAAUACAAUGUGAUCUUUAAAUGUUCCACACACUGACAUGAAAUUCUGUUAGCAUCCUGGACUCCCCCAAAUAAGGAGAAACAGAAGAGCAUAUAAUGACAUAUUGAAGGAUCUGUUCAUAGAGAAAUAACCAGCAUUAUUUCUUUGUUUAAAAUUGAAUAUAGUUUAUUCCUAAUAAUCACAGAUGUAUGUUUUACACAACAGUGGCUUAUUUGAAUAUAACUUUAGUUUAGAAGUCCUAUUUGUAGGCUAUAUUGAUGUAAAUGUAGCAGAAAACAAGUAAAAUUUUAGAAUACUACAUUCUCUAAGGUUAAAAGUGAGACAUCAUUAAUUUAUUCUUUAUGCAGUUUUAUAAAAUUUCUUCAUAUUUGUACUUUUAUCACCAAAAGUUCUUUGUACAUAUGCAUUAAAAUACUUAAUUCUCUUUAACUAUUAUCUCCUAAAUGUCCAAAAUCAUGCCAAAGAACUUAGAGAAAACAUUUCAGAAUUACUGUACGGAAAUAACUUCUUUUGGUAAGUACUUUCUGAAAACUACCUAGAAGCCAAAAAAAUUAUUUCCUGUUAAUUUUUAAUAGCUUAACCCUGGCAUUAUUUGCAUUUGUAAUUAGAAAACUUAGUAUAACCUUCCUUUUUUUAAUUAAGAGAAAGAAGUUUAGUCAUAUAUAAUUUUAAUGAUUUUCUUUUUGAAUUCUGUGCCACUGUUGUUUCAAAUCUUAUGGACUUUCCAACCAUUUUGUAUUAAUAGUAUUCAGAAGAUAUUUAAGUUCACUUUUUUCUUGCUUAUGUAGAGUUGAUAUGUAUAAAUACUUUAGCUUCACUCAUACUAAUUAAAUAGUUUUGUAUUUAUAAAAUGUAUUUACAUUCUUCUGGACAGAGAUCUACUAGAAUAUCACUGUACUGGCAACUGAAGAGUGCUAGCGGAAACAUUUUUUUAAGGGGCAAUACUAAUUUCAUGUAACAGACAACUGCCAGAGCAGUUGGUAUGUUCUGAAACCUUUACAUUUCAUUGAAGGCCUCUAUUUCCUAAAAUGGGGAUGGUGCUAAUGUUUAACAAUUUCUUAAUAAGAGAAAUGCUACAUAAACAACUCAGGCCUGGCAGACGUCCCAUAACACAUAUUGGUAUUUUAAAAUACAAAUUUUAAAGAAGAAAUUCAUGGUGAGUCAUCAUGAUGUCUUUGUGCUGGCAAGUUGUAAGUUACCAGUCAAAACCAAACCUGGCACCUAUGGGCCUAAAGGGUAUGCAUAGAUAUAUAUACAUAUAUAGAUAAACUGAUAGAUUUUCAAGAGCCUUUCAGUCGGAUUCCUUUUGAAAGCACUAAGGUUCAGAGAAUGAGAACUCCUCCAGGAGACCUUUCUAUUGAUGGGAACUAAGGGAAACUUUGUGGUGGCUUGGGGUAAUGAAGUGAAAGUAAAGAAAGGUAAGAAAUAUCUACUUAUUGAUAAAUCUGUGGAGUUUCUGAUAGGGGAAACAAAAAUAGAAGUUUUUGAGGGGGAGGGGACAAGUAUCAAACUAUAAUAAAAUGUUAAGAUGUGCCAGUGAAGAGAAAAAACCUAAAAUAGCAAUAGAACCAUGCCACCAUUUUAAUAAAAUUUCUUACGUGGCAUGAUUGGUUAUUGAAUUUAGAAAUGUAAUUUAGUUAUAUAUUCUCCUGUAAAAACAUUAUAAAUAUAAAGGAAAUUAAAAAUUAAUUUAAAAAGCAGUUUUGUAAUACAAAAAUGCCUUAUUUUGUCUGGCAUUGUCAGAAAAUGAUUGUAGAUGGGUAAAUUUGCCAGAUAACUGAAAUAUACAUGGAACUUGGUAGUAAAAAAGUUUUUCAACUUCUUUGUUAGAGAUAAUGUAGAUACAGGUCUGUGUCCACAUCCCUGCCUCCAACUGGCCUCAGGCUUCCCAACUUAACUUACUUGGAGGGUUUUUUGUGCUCUGUCUCACUUCUUACUUCCAAUCACAUUGUUAUUUCCAGCCUUUAUCAGUAGGUUCUCCUCUAUGUCUUCUUUACUCAUCAAUUAUAAUAAAGAAUUUUAGGCUUCAAGAAAAAGAACAGAUAUCACUGUUAAAUCAGUAAAUUUUAUUCUUUGCACAAUUCCAAGUCAAAAGACUUAAUGGGUAGCAACAUACUUACAGAAAUAAUGAAGUAGCUAUUUUUUUCAAUGACAUAGGACAUUUUUCUCACUUGUUUUCCAAUUACCACCUUAGAAUCCCUGAAAUCUGACUCCUAGAGUAACAAUAUUUGACUUCAUACUCAUACAUGUGAACAAGAAUUAAUAUUAACAAAUGAAGUAACUAUUUAACAUUGGCUAGUAUGAAAAUUAUUUAAACUGUUUUGGGCAGGUAUAUUUUAAUAUUAAACUAUUGAUGGUAUCUAUUUGUAUUAUGGGUUAUAAGUGCUUAGAGCAGGAAACAAAUCUACAGAUAAGAGCUGCUGAUUUUAGCAAAAAGAAUUUAAACUUGAACCUAAUGUUGCUUUCCCUCUUCAUCCCAAACUAUAAACCUUUAAUUACCAUCUGAGAUCUUAAGAUGAAAAUGAAGCAUUUAUCAAGAUGUGUUGCAAUCAUUAUAUUUGUAUUAUGAUUUUUUCUAUUGUCAUAAAUACAUAUUUUCAAGAUCAACAUUUCCCAAGUUUAAAGUGUUAUUUUAAGGAAGUUUAGCUGAUUGUCAAGAAAAUAACAUUACAAAUUCUCUUCUACUUAAAGAUCUUACACAAUAUUACCAUGGCUACUUUUAAUUAUAUAAUUGACUUGAAUUUUCUCAUAUUAUUUAGAUAUAGAUAUUUUAAUAUAGAAUUUGUGCUGAGGAGGUUGGGUUUUUUUUUUGUUUUUGAUAGAUGGAAACCCUAAAAUAUUUAGGAAUUGUUUGUAUUGUAACUGGAUAUUUUAGUGAGGAUUUUUCAUUUUAAAAUUAAUAUUUCAUUAUUGCCAAUAAUUGAGAGAAGGUAAGUUACUUCAUAACUAGACAUUUUCAUGGCCUAAAUUAAGGAAUAGUAUAAAAUGACAAGUAAUCCACAAUUUGUUACUAAGAACAAUAGUACCUUUUACUAAAGCUUACAAGCUGAUACUAAAUGACAAUGAAUGAAAUAUACAUAAUAAAAGCUUAUAAAGCAUAUAUUAUAUUUACUUAAAUAUCUGUUAAUUUCUCCCAAAAAUUACUCAUGACUCAGGGAUUCAUUGAAAUAUUGAUUUUUUGUAAUUUUGCUUUUUAAAAAAUUACUCAGCAUGGAAUUCAUUCGCUACAUCCAGAUUACUGACCUAAUUAUGAAAUUUUGAUGCACUUUAUCCUGAAUAAAUCCUGAUUUUAGUGGGAAA